AUGUCAUACAAACCACCACCUCCAUACCUUCAGAGGCUCAAAAAGAGAAAUGAAAUCAUGAUAUACAGUUCGACUGUUUUUUUAGAGGUUAUGAAGCAAUUUCGUAACAACAUACCUUCGGUAGAAGCACAUGAGCAGAUGCCCAACUACGUUAAAUUUUUUAAGAGUAUUUUGGCGAAAAAGAGAAGACUAGGGGAAUUUGAAACAGUGGCCUUUACCAAAGAGUGUAGUGCCAUUUUGAUAGGAAAACUUCCUCAAAAGAUGGGAGAUACAGGGAGCUUUACCAUUCCUAUUUCUAUAGGACGUAAGAAUGUGGGCCAUGCUCCGGGUGAUUUGGGUGCAAGCAUAAACCUGAUGCCCCUAUCAGUAUAUCAGAAAUUGGGAAUUGAGAAGGCACGCCCCACCACGGUGAUCUUACAGUUGGCUGACAGGUUAAUCACACAUCCAGAGGGAUUGCAGUUGCUUACAAAGGAGAUGCAGGUUGAGGAGCUACUAGAUCAGUUGGAAGAUGAGUUGCGCAUAAUCUUUGAAGUAGAGGAGAAGGAAGCAAGAUGA